GGCGCCCGGGCUGCCGGAUGGGGGCGGUUUUACCCGGCCGUUCGCCCCUUACAUAAGUCGGGAGCGAGUCCGCCCCCCAUCCCUUCUGCUGUUCCCCCUUCCCCCUCCCGGAGCCGCCCCCCUGCUGCAGCGAUGUGACACGCCCCCUCUCCAUCCCUUCCUCCCUCCCUCCCUCCCUUCCGUCGCCGUCCCCUCCCAGGAAGGAGCCGGAGUCGGCAGCGCCGCGGGCCCAGCAUGGAGUAGGGCGGCCCGGGGCUGGCGGCGCCGCGCGGGCAUGGAACUGGGCCCGGGGCCCUGCGCGCUGCCCCCCGCCGCCGGGGCCAGGGCGGCGGCGGGGGGACCCUGCGCCGAGAUGCUGCAGGUGGCGGAGGAGGCCUUCCGCGGCGGCAACUUCGAGCUGGCGGCCGAGAUCUACGGCUCGGAGCUGGCGGGGCUGCCGCAGCCCGAGCGGGGCCUGUGCCUCCGCCGCGCCGAUGCUCUGGCCAGGGCCGGCCGCAUGGCCGAGGCGCUGGACGCCUACGGCGCGGCGGCGCGGCUGGCGCGGCUGCGGCCCGAGGAGCUGCGGGAGCUGGCGGAGAGCGUCGCCCUCAGCAUCCGCGACAAGGAGCUGCGCCUGCCGCCCUGGGGGAGCGACGCGGCCGGCGGCGGGGCAGAGGGCGAGGGUCUGGGCGACCCGGCGUGCUGCCGCCCGCCUGAGCUCUUCGCCUGCCCGCUGUGCCGGCAGCUGCUGUGCGAGCCGGUGACCCUGCACUGCGGGCACACCCACUGCCGCCGCUGCGCCGAGCCCGGUGACUGCGGCCGCUGCCACCGCCCGCGCCGCUCCGCCGAGCCGACCCCCGCCGCCGCCGCGCAGCCGCCGCCGUCUGCCGCCGCCCGCCCGCGGGUCAACGUGGUGCUGGGCAACCUGCUGCACAAGUGGUUCGGCGCCGAGAGCCGGGCGCGGCGCCUCCGCGCCGAGGGCGACGCGCUGCGGGAGCGCCAGGAGCUGCCGGCCGCCCUGGAGAAGUACAACCAGGCCCUGGACAUGGCUCCUUGCAAGUGUUCACUAAUAGCACAGCGGGCAGAACUCUGUACGUUGAUGAAAAACUACCAGCAAGCUCUUCACGACGCAGAUGUCCUCUGCCGAAACAAACCCCACUGGCCUGCGGGCCAUUAUGUGAAAGCAAAAGCUCUUUCUGGAUUGGAAAGGACUGAGGAAGCAUUGAAGGAGUUUCUUUAUUGUGUUGCCUUAAAUCCUGAAUGGAGCUCAAUGAAGAAAGAAGCCCAAAAGAUAAUGUGUGAGAUGUUUUUCCCAGCCUUUGAAAAUGUGCAUGAUAGUCUAACAGCACCUUUCUCUAGUCGAACAUCCCAUACAAGAUUGAAACCUGCAUUUCUGAGUAGCAUAAAUACACAGUCAGCUGUGGAAGAUAACUCUGUUGCUGGGUCCUCAAAGGAUACUGUGUUCAGGUUAACAAAAACCCCGUCCCAAGAAUCUGAUGUAUUCAGAAGCACUGAUUCUCCUGUUUCCCAUCAUGUUCUGGAUCUCUAUUUUGAAGACAACAAGAAGUCUUUGGGAGCUAUUCUCUCCAGUUUACCUGGGGUUGGCUUAAAAAGAAAGCUGUCCAGUGAUAUGAGGGAUUUACAGAGUUUGGAUGUCCCCAAUAAGAUUCCUAAAAAAGAUGCAGAUGUUUUACCUGAAAACACCACCGACACUUCAAGUGAGAUACCAACAACUCUGGUGGAUGCAUCAGACUUUGAGUGUUCCCUCUGCAUGAGGUUGUUCUACGAACCUGUUACCACACCCUGUGGACACACCUUUUGCCUCAAAUGCCUUGAGCGUUGCCUUGACCAUAAUCCACUUUGCCCACUCUGCAAAGAAAAGCUGUCAGAAGAAAGGAUGGCUUGGGAGGAAGAGAUGUUACCUGUCUUCUUGUUAUCAGACUUAAGAGUUGACUCUUCCUUGCAGUUUCUGGCAAGCAGAACUUACAAGAAGACCGUCCUUACAGAAGAACUGAUAGUCCGUUACCUGCCGGAGGAGUUAUCUGAAAGAAAGAAAGUUUAUGAGGAAGAAAUGAAGGAAUUGUCAAAUUUGAAUAAAGAUGUUCCCAUCUUCGUGUGUACCAUGGCCUUUCCUACCAUCCCUUGUCCGCUACAUGUCUUUGAACCUCGUUAUCGCCUAAUGAUAAGAAGAUGCAUGGAAACUGGUACCAAGCAGUUUGGCAUGUGCUUAGCUGAUGAAUUAAAAGGAUUUGCAGAUCAUGGCUGUAUAUUAGAGAUCAGGGACGUAAAGUUUUUUCCUGAUGGACGCUCAGUUGUUGAUACAGUUGGUGUCCGUCGUUUUAGGGUCUUAAGCCAUGGCCAACGAGAUGGAUAUAACACAGCAAACAUCGAGUAUCUUGAAGAUAAAAAGGUUGAAGGACCAGAAUAUGAAGAACUUGUCCGUCUUCAUGAUUCAGUUUAUGAUCAAGCUGUUGCCUGGUUUACUUCUCUUAAAGACAAUAUGAAAGUACAAAUUCUCAAUCAUUUUGGGUCCAUGCCAGGAAAAGAACCAGAGCCACAGAGCAACCCCAGUGGUCCUGCCUGGUACUGGUGGCUCUUGGCAGUGCUGCCUCUGGAAAACAGAGCUCAGCUGGCUAUAUUGGCUAUGACCUCCCUUAAAGAUCGUCUUAUUGCCAUCAGACGCGUAUUGAUAUUUGUGACUCGCAAAAGACCCAGAUAACAUGGACUUCAGUUGAGUGGGCACUGAAAAAACAUCUCAUGAUAAAUUGUUCUAGGGGAGGGCAAAGGGGAGGGGUUGUUUUUGUAUUUUUCAAAGAUUCCUUCAAAAAAAAGCAGCCCUUUCUGACUAUGUCCUGCAUCCAUCGAUUGCAUCAGUUUGUUAUCCUGGGUAUUCACCAAACCUUGCACACUCUCCUGUUAUCCUGAUGAAAACUGAGCCUCUACAAAGCUGUGCUACAUUUAGAGUGUAGCUGAUGGAUGUGGAUAAUUGCUUCAAAGUACUGCGAUAGAGUUGAUGUUUCUAGCCUGCAAGAGAGUUAAGUACUAGAGUAGCACCAUUGGCCUGCAUGUGAUUUGGAUUUUCACUUGGUAGGAAAAGGAAACUGAACAAUGGAUUGAAGAGGUGUUUCCUAGACUUGUAGUGAGCAGAAGAGGAGUUAUUGCUGCCCAGCAGAAGUAUGCAUGAAGACUAUAACUGACACUACUGUCUGUCAGUGAAUUGGAAGGCACUCUGUCAUAAACCCACAUCUCGCUUUCUCUCUCUCUCUUCAGCAAAUAGUAGUCUGAGGAAAAAACAAGUUAAGCAUUUGUGGUCAAGGCAUCUGAGGAUGUUUGGAUGAAAGAAUAAUAGCUACUGAAUAAGUAUACUAUUAAGUAGCCUUAGGUAAUCCCUCCUUUGUGAUUUAUGUGUUGUAGCAGAAUGAGUAUGUACAAAAUGUUUGGAAAGGUGUACUUUGGUUUCUUCGAAAAGAAAAACCAAAGUAAUCCUAGCUGGUCUUACCGCUAAAUUCAAAUCAAGCCGCUCCCUAAAGUAUGAUAAAUACUGCUGUGAAAUAAUGAUUUCACCCCAAGUAGGAGGGAGGCAUGCUGCAGUUUACUCUGAGCACCUGCUCUGCGAGUGGGACCAGCGAGGAUGAAAGAGGUGGGAGGUUUCCAUCUCCCUCCUUCCUGCAGUGUUGUGCCAACCUCCCGUUACAUUGAGGUGAUCUCUACUGAACGUGUUUCAAACCGAAAGUAUUGUAGUUUAGUACCAGUUGCUGUAUGUGAUGGGAAUCAGUCCACAGUAACACCGUGAAAGGAGUCACAAAUCGAAUCUAUAAAGGCAAAUCUCAAUGCAAGCUUAAGUCAGGUGUUAACCUUCAUUUGUCUCUUUGAUUAUUUUUUAUGUGUUAUUUUGUUAUUAUCUAAUUUUGAUAGCUAUUAAAUUGAUCGCUUGUCAGUCAAAUGAUCAAUAUUAGCUCAACUGCCAAUGAAAUAACUCAGUGUUACCAAUUCAGUUGGCACAGUUUCCUAUAACUAGAACUGAUACUACCAACAGGGAAAAAAAAUUGACUUGAAUCUCCAUGUGCUGCAAGCAUAGCAAGACCAAUGUAAAGACUUGUUCAUGUGCAGAAGUCUGGUAAGAAGAAAUGGCUGCUUACCUACAUGGUCAAAGUGCCUGGUUUCUUUUUUAGUUCUUUUGUCCUUAUUUGUCAAUGAAGAGGUAUUUAAACUUUUUUUUUCCACUUUGCACAUGAAUUCUGGAAGAAGACUGCAUUAAAAUGCCGUGAUUGAGAUAUAUUACCUGCUCUCUUUGGGUAUUGUAGUUAUAACCUGUGUGGUCUGGGAAACAAAAAUUGAGAGUUUUUUUUUCCUUUCAGCAAAUGGCUACCACAAAUGGUUUCUGUAACAUACCCUGAAUGUACUGUAACUGCCUCUACCUUGAACACGCCUUUUCUAUUUAAGUAGUUUGUAAGUAUAUUCUCUGAAUUGUGAAGUGCAUAAUGUACAACCAAUGAUGUCAUAACCUCUACAGUAGCCUUCUGCAAGUUCUGCUACCACCACCAAAAUACUCAAAAUUCAAGUUAAAUGCAUUUCCUCCAGGAUUUAAAGAUGAGGAAGAGGAAUUCACUGAAGUGUAAAGGACUGGUUACAUACGUGGGGGAGGAAAUGUCAGAAGUCAGUAGGUCUUCAGCCCACUGUCAGCUGAGCUACUGAAAGGUGAUUUCACAAACUAAUUCUCGGACCAGAAGAUGGACUGUAUUUGAUCUUGCAAUCGUUUUUGUUCAGCUUCCUGUUCUUCCCGUUCCUUUCCAUGCUGUGUAUUUCUUCGAGACUCACUCAUCUUGCUUGUUUGUGUGUCUGCCUAGUUUUGAGUAUUACUAGUGUAGCUGAAAGAGGAUGCCAAUCGUAUUUGUAUAUUGCUGGUCCCUGAUCUUAUAUGUGCUUAAUUUUACAGAUAGGAGUGCAUUUAAGAAAAAAAAUAUCAAGGUGCUAGUUAGUGUCUUCUUGGCUUUGCCUCAGUAAAUGUUAAUGUUAAUAUUCUUCUUUGCAAAAGUGAUUUGUUCAAGAUACCUACUUUUGAGGUACUUCUGAGAGAAAACCCUAUGGAAAAAGAGAGGUUGUUUACUGCUGUUCUGUAAUGUGUAAAGACAUUCUACAUGGGAAGUGACAUUACUGUGUUCAUGAAGGCCUGCAUAGUUAAUGGAGUGAUUGAUAUUGAAAAGAAAGCGGAACUGUAGAGGGAUUUUUUUUUAGUCAAGGUUUAAAGCGGUUUGUGAAUAUUUCAGUGACUGAUGUUUUGGAUAAAUGAUAAUAACAAGGGAAUUGUCUGUGUAUGGAUGCAAAUAAUCAUAUUAGCAGCCCAAAGCUGACUUUUCCUCCAAAACAUUGAAUGCUGAUCAAAUAGCAAAGCUUUAAUAAAUAAAUGAAAUCACCACUGCCCUGUGGUACUUGCUUUCUAAGGGAAAGUACCAGUUUCAUUUUUACCAAAUCACCUCUGCCAUAUAAUAUCUACAGCAUCCAGUAGUACCUCACAGGAAAAGCUAGCUAUCUUAUUGCUCUCUAGAGGAGAUGUCCAUGUUACAGCCAGUCUACGCUUAGGUGUAACUUGUCGCCAAGGUACAUGUGAAAGCUUUGGAGCUGAGCUCCUGGAAGAGAUAGACAGGAUUUGUUGCCUUUCUAGCUCAUUACACUUUUCUUGCUUGCUGUCCAAGCAAGGAUGCUGGGAUAUAUGAUGAGUCUUUUCACUGUGGUGAAUGUGGCCCUUCUUUAUACAUCGUAAAGAGGCCAAAAAGAAAAAAAAAAAAAAAAUCCCUCUACCUCUACACCUGUUGUUCACCUGUAAAAUUUCAAGCUACAAAAUGAUAUAUAUAUUUUAACCUUUUUUGUCUUUCAGAAGCAUACUAAUUGUUUGCCACUGAGGCCUUUUAUCUACUGUAUUUUAAUAUGUUCAUUUGAUAGUCAUCAAGAUCUCUUUGUACUUCUAACCUGUAGAACUUGUCAUGUUUCUUACUGCUCUUUUUUCCCUGUUCUCCAGUCCACUUUUAAAUUGAUAAAUAGAAAGCUGUACACUCUCUAUUCCUGUUACAUUUUACACAGUGGAACUGGUAUUUUGGUAGCGCCUUAAUUUUGCAGUUGUGAAAUGAUUGUAUCAACUCUUAUCUGGGGCUUCUGACCAGAUGUAAACGAGUAUGUUUAAUGUAGAUAAACUUGAAACCAUUUUUUACUGUUUUAAAGCUAGAAAUUAAAUGGAGUGUGUACAUAUGUAUAAAUAUAAAUUAUUAAUCUGCACCUUUUUGUAUCUAGUAAAUACAGGAGAAGUUCAUGUUCUAACCACAUUUGGCACUUUUUGUUGCAUAAACAAAGCCAAAACUUUUUUUAAAGAUUGCAAUGUUCAUUUCAUGUAUAUUUGCAAUAUUCAUGGGAAAUGUAUUUAAUUUAUGUGAUAUUUGGAAUAAACCAGGUUGAAUUUA